AUGUCCUCCCACGAAGACGACGGCCCUUCCCCCCUUACGAGAAUCGCUCAAUUGGAGUCUCUCCGCAAAUGCGUCCUUCUUGAUCCCGAUAAGUUCAACGGUACGGUUCAGCGGUGGGAUACCUGGCUCCCCUCAAUCAAGGCCAAGCUUCUCGUCGACGAUCAGCUCGCUCUCGCUUACGACAAUCCAAACAAAAUUCAAGAAGCUGAAGAUAAGCUGCUUGCUUGCAAGCAAGGUACGGACGCUCUUUAUAUUUACCCCGACGCUAAUAAGAUUAUUGCGUUCCGCAAUGGUCUGAACUCAACUAUACGGACCCGUCUGAAUGGCCAAUUGACUCUCCCGACCACGUAUACCGAAUACGUGCACGUCACUCAGCAGCUUGGACGCUCUUCCGGCUCUUCCGGUCUUUCCGGCCCGUCCCACGGAUUCCCUCGACCUUCGGCUCCCCUUCUUCAGAACCGCCCUCGCACGUCAACGGGCCCUCUUCCCGGCGACCCAAUGGACCUUUCGGCAGUCGACCGCGCUCAACAACUCGAGCAAUUGCAGCACGCCAACGAGCUCGGCGCUAUAGAGCUUAUCGACGCUCACGAGGCUAACCAAACUCAGCUGUUGGAAGACCGAUACCCCACUCUCCAGCAUGCUCCUCACAGCACUCUUGAUCAGCGCGAAGCUUAG